AAAUAGUUUUUAUUUUUUUGUAAAUAAAGUCGUGUUUUGUGGAGUGAGUGGGCGUUCCCGCGAUGAGACUUCACGCGCUGACCGACGCCUCCCUCGCCUCCAUCGGCCCCUCCACGGCGUCGUCGUCCUUGUCUUUGGCGAUCAUUCGUUCGUCUUCUUUAAGACAAUUGAAACAAACGAUCCGUUCGUUGAAUAUAUCGAUAAACGACUCGAUUAGAGACGAUUUGUGGCGCGAAUUAGUGGCCAAACAUUCCUCCGAAGAUCCGUCAGAAGAGGAUCUGUUGGCGGACAUAGAAGUGUCCAACAAAUUGCCGCAAUUCGUUGAUCCGCGUGUUUCGCGGUUUUUCGGUCUCAAAGCCGACAAUUAUUCAGACGUUUCGCGUAUUCUUUGGAGUCUUUCUCAAAACUGUCCUCACGUGACUUACGCGCCUCUGCUCUUCCCUUUGGCCGCCAUUUGUCUUCACUUUUAUGACUCGACAACUGUUUAUCGACUUCUCUAUCGACUUCUUCAGUCACGUGAUCCGCACUUUUGCAGUACUUCCCGUUCGGACGCGACUCGAGACGCCGUUGUUCUCAUAAAACUCACGAAACGAUUGUCUUUUUUCGGCGGAUCAGCUGUUGGUCGAGAAGCACGAAGAAAACUCAGAAAUUCGGUUUUGGAUUCCGUUUUUGCGAAUUAUCUCGAAUGGAUCUUCGCGCUUCCCUUCGAACACGUGGUCCGAGUGGUGGACUGUUUCCUCUGUGAAGGCCAUAAAUUUCUUUUUCGGAUAUCUCUUUCGCUUUCCAUUCUUUGUCAUCAAAACAGUUGUCAUUCUCUCCAAGAAGUCCUUAAUCUCUGUUCUAAUCCUCCGAUUUCUCCGCAAAAACUCAUUCAAAACGCCAUUUCUUUGUCCCGUUUGUCCCGAAAAAACAUUUCCCGCUUUUCCUUAAUCUCUAAACUCAUUCAAAACGAACAAACAAUUCAACCCAAUCUCAAACCCCUCCUCCCCGACCAACUCAACCCCGCCGAUUGGAUCAUCGGCGCCCGACUCGCCCCGCGCUCUUUCCGCAGUUCGGUUCUGCGGGAGUGGGCGUUGGCGGACGCGUUGUGGGCGUGGCUUCCGGAAAGAGUUGUCGUCAGAGAACCGGAAGUCGUGUUUUGUUCGGAAGAAAACGGAAAUUCUUUGCAGACUUUCUUCACUCUUUGCGGAGAUUUGGAACCGACUGUUCUGUUGGUGCGAACUCUUCGGGACGACGUCUUCGGUGCGUUUUGUUCGACGGCUUGGAACCGUCGUUUGGAUUUAAGCGGAACCAAAUCUGGUCAAUACUUCGGAACGGGAGAAACCUUUCUCUUUGUUUUGAAACCGCGUCUAAACAAAUGGGAAUGGAUUGGACGCAACCAACAGAUCCAAUCACAUUCUCAACAGCUCUUCAUGUCCGCAACUCAAACCAGUCUUUGCGUGGGUUCGGGAGGCGGACGCUUCGGACUCUUCAUCGACGGGUCUCUGACUCGCGGACAAAGCGAUUGUUGCGAUACUUUUGCCAAUCAAUCGCUUUCUUCGGAUUCAAAGGAUUUCGAUAUUUCUGUCGUUGAAGUCAUUGCUUUCACUUGACUUCAGAUCAGAAUUCAGACCAAAAAUCACUUCAAAGACACCAAAGAUUCGGAUCCAAAGACUUUUUCGGACAACUGUUUGCGGAAUUAUUUGAAUUUUUUGACAUUUAGAUCACGAAAUAGACUGCCUUUCCCUCAAAAAUGGAUUAAAUUAUUGAUUAAAAUAUUAUUUAUUGAUUUCUUUUGUUUUUAAUGACAAAAACGGCGUAAAUCGCGAUCAGAAAGACAAUUACAAGACUCAGAGCUCCCGAAACAAAGGGUUGAGUGACCAGACUAUAGACAGACACUAAACUCGCGAAAAACAAAUAAAAACAUAUAAUUAAUUGGUUUUCGCGAAGAAUUCCCAUCAAAACCACGAUUUCAAAGACCAAUAACAGGACGACCGCUGAGGCGGCCGUUAAUCCCGAAAAACCCGCGAAAUGCUUAUCCGUGUUGUCGUUCUGUUCUUCGGUUAACAAAAGAGUUGUCAAAAACAUUACUGACAGAAGAAUAACGACAACUAAUAGUAGAGAAUGAAUCACAAGAAGAGAUAUUUUGAUGCAUUCGAAGCAAUUCACCGACGGAUCAGAUGAACACUCGGAUCGCGUUUUCGGCAUUUUUUAAGCAAUUUCUGUCCACUUCUGCGCCAAAAUCAACACAUUUUCACUCAGUUUUCGCGCG